AUGGCAAACCUACUACGGAAGUCCAGGUCGAUGAUCCGGCGCAAUGAGCACAACUCUACCGGAAAUGUAAACAAUGAUACUCCACCACCUCUACCGCCAAAAGACUCAAAUAUCAGCCUGUUUCAGCGGUUCAACAGUAUUCAGAGUCGACGGAAGAGCCGGAUUGACCUAUCUACAGCAGUUGAAUCAGAGAAAAGUGCUGCAAUUCGACAGCAACGAGAAGAGCAGCUCCAGAAACAGCAUUCUAUAUCUCACCUCCGGCGCCGACUUAUUCGCAAAGCUUCUACCUUCAAUCUCCAUACUAGACACCGUUCUAGUCCGCCAACAGAUCCUCUACCACCGCGGGACGAGAAGCUUUUUCCAGAUAUCGGACACGAUCCUGAUCGACCAGGAACAGCACUCCAGGAGCUUGAACGUCCAUCGACUGCUUCUACGGUUUACUCAGAAGCUCCGGAGACAAUUCUCCAGCGUCCACGAUCAGACAGUUCCAAUUCAGACUAUUCUCAGCUCACGACUGUUCCUAUCCGACGACAUACCCUUGCCAUUGUCCACCCUUACGACGACAAACCGCUUCCAAACCCCUCUCGUCAGUCCAGCUCUGUCAACCGCCUAAUCGCACACGCGCAACAGGAAGACUUAAAAGCCCAGGCCGAGCUUACAGAAAAGCAUCACAACUAUCAGGAGAAGCAUACAGAAGGACUCGGUAUCUGGGUAAAGAUGGCCACACCAUCAGCUGAACCACCUCUUGCUUACGACAAGCUGAAGCAAAUCACAGUCGAGGCCUGCGACACCGCUCUCAGCGGCACAACCUCUUACGACCACUCGAAAACAGAAUCCUGGAACACAACCAUAAUCAACACCAUGCUCUCCCAAAUCGUCGGCGAAACAGAAGCCUCAGACCCACAAUCACAGUCGAAAUGGAAGUUUGUCGUGAACAGCACGAUCAUCCAGCAUAAGAGCAACACAGUCAUGCAAGAGAAUGGGUCGAAGAGCUCAGGAGGCAGGAGAGGUAUGCAUAGUGCUGCGGGCGCAUAUUGGAAUAACGCUAAAGAUGGCAUGUGGAGUUUCAAGUAUGAGGCUGCGGAGAAGUUGGGUCUCGAUGUGGUUAUUGGUGUGGUUUGGAUAUGGGUCGGUUAG